CAGCGUAUUUUACGCGCCCAACUUGCGAAGAUGGCGGUAGGCGGUGGCGCGCGGGCUCUUCGCGGAGCCGUUGCCCAGCUCCUCUGGAACAAAAUGUGAAUGCAGCUGGAGGACGGUGCCACGGGAAUGAGUCGGCGAAGGAAGCAUGCGGACAGCCCUGCCCGGAGGAGCACGCCGCGCAGGGCGGCUGCCGAGAACCGCAGCCCGGCGGCGGAGCGGUGCCCGCGGGGGUACAGGGCGGCCCGCAGCUCCCAGCUCAGCCGGGAGGGAACGCGGUCCGCGCGGCGGGCUCGGCGGCGGGCAGCGGCUGACGGCGGCCGCAGCCCCGGGGAAAAGGAGACACCAACACAAGUUCUGAAAAUGGAUUUAUUAUCCUGUACCUUCAGUUCUCCAAACGAUCCAGAUGGACAGACUGAUAUCUUUUGGGAUCAAAAUUCUCCAAUGACAAAACAGUUAGGUAAAGGAAGAAGAAGGCAGAUUUCCAGUGCAUACAGCGAUGAGAUUUCACAUAUUGUUAAUCGUAUUGCUCCUCAGGAUGAAAAACCAGCCACAAACUCCAUGCUGGGCGUCUGGAUUGGCGAAACUGCUAUUCCUUGUACUCCUGGUGUAGCAAAAGAAAAAUCAAGAGUGAAAAUCAGCUGCACAAAAUUAAAAACAAAAAAUCGAGAAAAAGAACUUAUGAAAUUGGCCCAACAGUUUGAUAAAAAUAUGGAAGAACUUGAUGUGAUCCAAGAGCAAGAUGGGAAGAAUCAUGACUUUAUCCAGACGACUUCAGAAAUGGGACCUUUAGAUAACCAUAAAGAUUCUGUGCAGAUGGAGUCAGAUAGUAUAGUUCCUGAAAUCAGUUGUACUCCAAUAAAGAAGCAAAUAAAAGGAGACACUGGGAUAGCUCAGGCAAAGGGGCAAGGCAGCAGUCAGAAACCCUUUGACCAAAAUGUUGAAGCAGCCUUUAAUGCUAUUUUUGAUGGUUCCACUCAGAUGUGUAGUGGACAGCUAAGCCAAGAUCCGUCAGAUGCUUUUCUGAACAAUACUAAAACUUCCUUGAGAAAGAAAAAUGCCUUAGUACAAAAGGAAAUAAUUACUACUGAAACUCUGCUCACUGAAAAUCUACUAAAUAAAACUCCAGUAUCACCUUCCCCUCAGGUAGAUACUACGGUAAUACUAAAACCUUGUGUGACUCCCUGUCCAAGGACAGCAUCUCAUAAACAACCUGAUGAGUUAACUGCUAAUGACUUUGAGGAUGAUUGGGAAAGCUUACUAGGCAGUGAACCUUUCCUUAUGGAAAAUGCUGAAAUGCUUGAACUCUUUCCUUCUACAACUGCCCAAGACACUGGUCACAAGGCAGUUUGUACCUCGAUUGGUGAAAAUGAUACAAUCACAUCAAGAGCAAAUAUAAAUCUAGGAGGAAGGUUAAGAGAUUCAAAAGCAACACUGGAUCUUCCUUCAAAGACACGAAACAGAGAACUAAAAAAUGAUGGGCAAUAUAGGUUUUCACCACAUCCAGGUGAUGAAUCAAGGAAGUUACCAUUCACUGGAAAUAAAGUAAGAUUUGAGAAAUCUGUCACUAACAUUGUUAGUAAAAAUGAAGAUUAUGUUGCUGUCUCUAAUCUUGAAGAUAAUCGUAGUAAGCGCAUACUUAAUGCCUCUAACAAGUCUGGUUCAUACUCAAGGUAUCCGAAUGAACAAAAUUAUGAGCUUGGUGUCAACCUGCCUUUGAAAAUACCUACUACUGACCCAUUGGAUUCUGUGUUCUUGGGCAAAGAAAACAUUGUGUGUAACACAAAUCAGUCUCAUGGACCAAAGUUUAAUUCUUCCUUUGAUGACUGGAAUGAUCCGCUGUUGGCCAGUGAAAUGAUUAAAGCAUGCCAUCAGUUAGAGACUACCUGGGAAGCAGAUGAUGUAGAUGAUGAUUUGUUAUAUCAGGCUUGUGAUGACAUUGAAAGACUAACUCAGCAAGAAAACAAGGGCAGUAAGGAGUCAGAAAGUAUAAGUAAUACUCCCAAAUGUGGAUCCAGAAAUAUUUCUACUGCAUCUAAACAAGCAAGUCAGUUGGUGCCAUCUAAACAUUGGAAUCUUGUCAGCUCUGCAGUGCCAUUGUCUUUAGCAAAUAAAUCACAGAUAAAUAAGCCAGUGACAGUAGAGAAAAGAGACAUAUGUGGAGAUUGUCCCAAUAUUUUGGAUGCUACAAAUUUGUCUGUGUGCUCUAAGAAUUCAAGUGAUAAUCAGCAUGUACCAGUACAAGUGAAAAGCACAAAAUUUGUUCUUUCAGGAAGUUCAAAUUUGAAUGUAAAUUUGGGUCCUGUGAGCACAACAAUUGCUACUAAUAUGAAGUUGAGUACUGAGCAGCAAUCCCACAACAGCUUAGCAGAUGAAGCUCAGAAUGAUAACAAAGUACUGAAGUUACCAAAAUUUACAUUUAAGAAGAAAAAUUCUCAGUUUCUUUCUCAGUUAAAUCAAAAUCAUCUAGCAGGAAGUAUGCCUGUUAGCAAAAUCUCGGAUUUGGGAAAAAGGGAAAUUGUCAAUUCAUUGCUUGAAGCUAAUCAACAGCAAUCUUCAAUAAAAUGUCCUGAGUCUUUGAAACCAUCUUCUCCAGAUGAAGAAGAGAGAAAUAGGAAGUAUUCUCCUGAAGAAAUUCAGCGGAAAAGGCAGCAGGCACUGGUUCGAAGAAAGGCCAGAGCAUUACAUACUGUGCAGUCCACUCCCAUUUCACUGCCUUGAGGAAAGUCGGGUUAAGAUGGUUUCCCAGCUAUUGAUCACUAUCUAUGAUAGGACUUUUGUUCUGAUUUCUCUGUGAGAAAUUCAAUGCUGACUUAUCAAGCAUAAUUUAUUAUUUAAUAAAUCAGUGUUUACAGUAGAAAAUGAAACUUUCUCAGAUAUGUAUGUGAAUUAUGUAUAAAGUUUUUGAAAAGUUAACAGUUAUGUAUAUACAGAGAAAAGUGCUUGUCUUUAUUAAAUAUGGUAGCAAAUGAGCCUCAAAAAUAGCUGUAAAGUUUCUGUAGAAGGCUUUCUCUAGUUCAAAGAUUAAAAUUGCUAAGUGAACAGCAGCUUGGUUUUGUAGUGUCAUUUACAGUUAAGGAUUUUUUAUACAUUGUCAAUUUUCAACUAAUAUUCCUCUAGUCUUACUGGUCUUGCUGAAAAAUAGAGAAUUUCUGUUUACUUUCAAGAAAAUUGUGUUUAAUUGCUAUCCAGAAGUAGCUAAUUUUAAUAUUCCUAAAAUGUGAUUCAAUUUGAAGACAUUUCACUGUUAGGAAAACCACAGGCUAGGCAUUAAGUCUAGUUUAGCACAAAGAGAAAACAGGAAAAAAAGAAAACAAAGCUUUAUUAUGUAGGUAAUAAAGCAUCAUUGACAAUUAGAAUUGGCAGAAACAGCAUCUGAUCCAGCUUCUUUAUCAUAGAGGUUAGACAGGACAGUUCAAGCUCUUGCUUUUCUUGGUGUACGUAUGUUUUUGAGUCAGGGUCUUGCUGUGUGGCCCAGGCUGGCCUUCAACUCUGUCACCCAGAUGGCCGCAGACUAUCAGCGACCCUCUUGCCUCAGUGCUCUUCCGUACAGCUGUAUGCCACCACGCCCAACUUACAGUGUUACUUUCAAAGUCACAGACAAAUUAAACCUGUCCUUAUGUGAGAAUGGUUUUUCUGAAGAUCUAAACAGUUGGAUGGAUGAUUUGCUUCAAUCUAUUAGUACUUAAAAUAAUUGAAAGGAGCAUAAACACUUAAAUAUAAUCUAAAGUACAUUAAAGACUGCUUAUUAAUAGUGCUUACAUACAUUCUUUAAAGAAUUAGCAAAUCUUUUCAGGAUUUAAAAUUAGACUUUCUAGGCUCAGUUUUCUUAUUACUGUUAUUUCCCUUCUAAUUAAUUAUUUAGCUUCAUCGUUUUUCCCACUGUCACCCCUCCACCCCCUUUUUGGCUUUUACACGAGUCAGUAAUAAAAGCCUUAACUAAAAGGGAGGGCAUGCAGCAGUAAGGAUGCUAGCAGUUUUUUAAAUGCUUUAUAAGAGAUAUGAAGAAAAUUAUAGCUGUGAAACAUUCAUCUUGGUCUGGUGUUCACUACUGUUUUGGUCUCUUAGAGCUUUGACAAUCUGAAAGCUAUUAUGUAUCAUUUCUCAAAUGUUAUUUUUAUAUGUACAGUAAAACAGAUUUUAGUUUCUCUCUAUUAUCAAAGAGUAUAUUACAAAGACCUAAAUAAAUGUUGUAAGUUAUGAUGUAA